AUGGACAGGCAUAUUAAAUAUAUGACGCCCCGCUCAGAUAUAUGUCCAAAAUGUGAAGAUUGUAGAGCCAAAAUUUCAACGGCGGUUGGAUUAGCUGAGAAGCAAGAGCAACUGCGCAUUUUCACAGAUCACUUAUCUAAUGUUGAAAUGGAGCGACAGGUGUAUAACGAUGCAGUGAAAAAAGCGAGAGAGGAAAUGGGUGCAUUUGCAAGACCAGAGGGAUUGCUUCCUCCCUGUUCAACAGAUCUUCGGCAUGUUCACUACACCUUUGACUUUUCGCAAGCACUUUCUAUUCCACAUCAUGCAAGACAAGAGGGGCCACUUUAUUUCUUGACGCCAAGAAAAGUGCAACUUUUUGGAGUUGCCAUUGAUGGAAAUUACAAGCAGAUGAAUUAUGUUGUUGAUGAAGACCAGGGAAUGGGUGAAAACGGGGCUGGAGUGAAAGGAUCGUAUGGUGUUAUUUCCAUGCUUCAUCACUGCCUUACAACUUUUGGAUCUGGUAAAAAAGAUUGCAUCAUCCAUUGCGAUAAUUGCGCAGGCGAGAAUAAAAACAGAUAUGUCCUGGGGUAUCUGUCAUGGAGAACAUUGUUAGGUCUUCACAACAACAUUACCCUUUCAAUGCAAGUGCCCUAUCACGGACGUUGUCUAGUGGAUGCUGGAUUUGCGAACAUUAAGCGUCUUUAUCACAGAACUGAUGUUGACAGUCUACCCGGCCUACUGGAUGUGGUCAAUAAAAGUGCCAAAUCAAAUACUGCAGUGACAUAUUUGAACGAGGCGGGAGAACACUGCUGGGAAUGGUUUGAUUGGAAGACGUUUAUUUCCCAGUACUUUCGCCCAGUGAGAGGCAUACGGAAAUUCCAUCAUUUCAAAUUUUCUUCGUCAUUUCCUGGAAAGGUAUACGUCAGAGAAACGUUUUACCAUGCAGAAACGGAAGUUGAGUUGCUGAAGUCUUCCGUUACACCCGAAGAUUUAACAGCAGUUGCAGUGAUGUCUGAGAUUAUACCACCAGGAGGGAUUUCCCCUGAGCGACAACAGUACCUCUUCCGUAUGGUCAGACCAUUUGUCAGGGAUCCUUAUAAGGAGAUGACUUGUCCAAAUCCCGAGGAAUGA